CACACCAAACACCCGGGAGCCUGGGACCACCCCACAGCAAAGCCGUUCUUCGGUCUCCCCCAAAACUCGUGAGCACGAGAACGGAGCAUACCUCUCCGCGGCGGCCACCGCCCACCGGGGCCCACCGCCCUCCUCCUCUCUCAGUAUAAAACCCCCUCCCGCUUUCCUUCCCCUCCACGCCUCGUCCCAAACCCAAACGCCCCAUUCCUCUCCGCAUCCGCCUCCGCCUCCGCCUCGACCUCCCUCGCCGCGGCAUUUCCCCGAACACCUCGCGCGCACCGCCUCCGCCCACCCCCCGCGAUGGCCGACGCAGGCGACUUCCGCAAAGCGGCCCAGGAGGCGUUGCUGCUGGACCACGAGGGUGACACCGAGGGGGCGCUCGCCCGCGCGCGCGCGCUCAUGUUCGCGCACCGGGAGUCGGCGAUCGUGCACCGCCUCCUGGGCGACCUCCACUACGCCUGCGCCGUCCGCGCCGUAUGCGGGGAGGGGAGCGAGGACGCCAGGAUGGCUGAGGCCGCGAAGCACCUGCGCGUCGCCCGCGACGCCUUCUCGGAGGCCAGGCGCCUCGUCCCCGACUGCGUCGACAUCGCCGCCGCGCUCGGCGACGCGUUCGCGGCCUCCAGGAUGUACGGCGAGGCGGAGAGCGAGUACCGCAGAGCGCAGAGCAUCCUACGCCCCGUCGACCCCGCCGAGCACAACGCGGCGUACGGCAUCGUCGGCAUGUACGAAGGCUGCGAGCGCGAGCGCGACCCCUCCUACGCGGGCGAGAGGGUGGCGGAGGCUAGGGAGAGGGCCCGCGCCUCCUACGCCCGCAUGACGGUCGAGGAGCUCGUCCCCCUCGCGGUCGAGCGGGUGCUCGACGUAUGCAGGCACCACGGCGCGACGGAGGCGCGCAGGCAGGCGAAGCGCGUCGCCGAGAGCUUCCGGAAACUUGGGCGCGCGCAGUACCUCCACGCGUACAUGGACUUGGAGUUCGUGCGCAGCCUCGACGCGUCCAUCGACAAGCGGGCGUUCCUGCGCCGCACCUUGGUCAUCGCAGAACGCGCGGCGCAAGCAUUCCCCAAAUCGGUCGUGAUCGCCUCCUUCCACGCGAGACUCCUCUUCGUCCUGGGCGAGUACCACGCUACCGAGAGAGAGUGCCGCCGCGCGCUUGAAAUGAAGGAUCCCGAUGACCCGCAAUCCGAUUGUAUUCCGCCCGGAUCCAUCAGCGGGGAGAACCUCGGCGCAAGGCUGGUUUCGAUGGCCUGCGAGUUUCAUGAGCUGCUCAACAAGAUCCUGAUGGAGGCCAGUGAUUACUGGAACUCCAUGAGCACCGAGAGGCAGCGUGACAGCUUCCUACGGGUGAGGCUCGAUGUGCUGCAGGAUGAAUACAGUAAGGUUGAUUUGUCAUAUGCAUUCACCAUGUCCGAUGUGCGGAGCUUUGUCAAGGAACACAAGUCUUGGAGAUUCUGGGUUUGCCCCAUUUGUGAUGGCAAGAAGUUUGUGGACACUGGUUUGCUACUGACACACAUGUGCAGCAAGCACCCAAGGGUAGUCUUGCCGCGGCUGCAGUCAGUUUUGGAUCUAAAACUCAGUGACAAAGCAUUGGAGAGUGAUGAUUCUCUGGAUGGUAUCACGUUUUGUCAAGAUUCAGACCAGCAAGACAUGAUCUGCUUCAACGAGAGGAACGAUAUAUUCAAAUGGUUGUUUUAUGCACCUUCAAGUGGAGUAGGAGCAAAGCCAUUUCCUGAAGUACGAGAAAAGAAGUGCAUGAAAGGCUAUAUGCUUCUUGAGAGCAUUAAAGAGAAAAUGAAGACUCUGCCUACAGAUAAAUCUACUACUGAGUUUGCCGAGGCUCUUCCUGAAAUUCAGGAGUUGUGGAACAAUUUUGUCAAAGAUUCUGCUUUGGAUUACAGAGGAAUCAUCCUGGCACUUGCAAGAUCAUUCCUAUGGAGAGAGUUAGUGAAAUGCAUGACUGAAGAUCUAAAAGUAGCUGUUAAGUGGAUCAGUGCUGCUGAUAUUGAUGCAAUAUUCGCAAAUGAGCCUGAUAGUCCUGACAGCCCUGCUGUUGAGGAACAUGGUUCAAAGACCUCCCAUGCAAACAAGGAGGAUCAGGAAACGGGAGACGAUAAACAGUCUUUGCGCACAGAUGGGGAUCUAAAGAUCAUCGAUAAUGAUCAAGAAAGUGAGGUUCAUGUUGAAGAUGAGAGUUCUGAGACCCCGGCAAAUAACACAGAAUUGUCAGAUCCACCAAUCAAAGUGGCAGAAAGUGGGAAUGACCUAGAAGCAAAAUUUGGAAACUUGGAGAUUGAACUAAAGAUCAGUAAGCAUCAUCAAGAAAGUGACGUUCAUGUUGAAGUUGAGAGUUCUGAGACCCCAGCAAACAACACAGAAUUGUCAGAUCCACCAAUCAAAGUGGCAGAAAGCGGGAAUGACCUAGACGCAGAAGUGGAAAACUUGGAGAUUGAUCUAAAGAUCAGUGAGCAUCAUCAAGAAAGUGAGUUUCAUGUUGAAGAAGGGAGUUCUCAGACCACAGCAAAAGACACAGAAUUGUCAGAUCCCGCAAUCAACGUGGCAGGAAGCGGGAAUGACCUAGGCGCAAAAUUGGAAAAUCUGCAGAUUGAUCCAAAUUCUGGCAGUUCGGUCGCGACGUCUGAGGCCAGCUCAAGUGGCCAAGAUGGCCAACAGGUCUGAAAUACCGGUCCAGCAUGGCUAGGGAAAAGCAGUGCCUCUCAGCUGUUAUAUAGGAUACUGUCUUGUAGGUUGUAGUUCAAACAGCAAAAGGAUAUGUGGAGUAUGAUUCGGAUUAGGACAGGAAGUGGGAUUGUGAUAACUUCUAGUAGAAACACCACGCGGUUCAUAUUCCUCGUAACAAAUGCUAGACUGAUGUCGGUACAGGUCUGGAAGUAAACCAAAUGAGGUUACCAGCUACACUUCUGGUCACAAAAUCUGACGUUUCGGUUGUGUGCUUGCAGCUACUCAAACUUUGGCCAUCGAUAUCUGGUCACAAAAUCUUUUAUGUUG